AUGGGACAACAUCGCGAUGCUCUCCAAGUCGCUUUCGAAGACCCCACCACGAGCGAUGAAGAGAACUUUAUGUUCGAGCCCCCGGGCAUGUCCGCACAACAGCCAGAACCGGACUCAGACCCGCGCGAAUUCACAUGGCGUGGUAUUUUAGCCCACCUCGGUCCUGCUUUCCUCGUUUCCAUCGGCUACCUCGAUCCAGGAAAUUGGGCUACAGAUAUUGAAGGUGGCAGUAGAUUUGGUUACAAGCUGCUCUGGGUACUCAUCGUAGCUAAUUUCAUGGCUCUUCUGCUUCAGGUCCUAGCGGCCCGAAUGGGCAUUGUCACGCGAUGCCACCUCGCAGAACUCUGUCGAGAUGAGUACCCACGCCCCGCAAAUCUGGCUCUGUGGGUCAUGGCCGAGUUCGCUAUAAUCGCCACCGAUCUAACUGAAGUCCUGGGCACCGCCAUCGGCAUCAAUCUGCUCUUCAACAUUCCCCUUAUGGUCGGCGUCGUUUUGACGGCUCUUGACACUUUCUUACUGCUAACAGCCCAGAGCCAGGGGAUGCGUCGCGUGGAGCAGGUCAUUUUCGUCUUUCUCGGCAUAAUCUCCGUCUGCUUCAUCAUCGAGCUCUUCAUGUCCAAGCCCGACAUCGGCAAAAUCGCAACCGGCGUUUUUGUCCCACGAAUCGACUCUCAAAGCCUCUACGUCGCGACAGCCAUCGUAGGUGCUACCGUCAUGCCGCACAACUUUUAUCUUCACUCGGCCCUCGUCAUCGAACGAGUCCCCGAUCGCAGACCAGGCACCCUCCGCGCGGAAUGUAAAUACAAUCUCGUCGACACCGCCAUAGCACUCAACGCUGCUCUGUUCAUCAACUGUGCCAUUCUUAUCAUCGCCGCGGCAAAUUUCUGGGAGAGUGGUGUCGAGGUCACCACUUUAUCGAAGGCUUAUCACCUUUUGGAAAACACGGGAGUCAAGAUUGGAAACCUCGAUCUUGCCCCAGUGUUGUUCGGCAUCGCCCUGGUCGCAUCAGGGCAGAGCUCCACACUCUGUGGCACGCUCGCGGGCCAGUAUGUGAUGGAGGGGUUUCUCGACUUGAGGGCACCACCAAUUAUAAGGCGACUGAUCACGCGACUGGUCGCAAUCGUUCCCGCGCUGCUUGUUAUCUCAGCGAUGGGGGACACUGGGACGUAUCAACUUUUAAUCAUGUGUCAAGUGGUGCUUUCUUUGCAGCUUCCGUUUGCGAUUGUACCCAUGAUUCGUUUCACGAACUCCAAGCGACGAAUGCAAGAUUUCCGCAAUACACCUCUUGUUUCAACACUUGCGUGGACAGCAGCGGGAAUUGCGGUUUGUCUCAACAUUGCGUAUGUUCUGCAUCUUCUAUGGCAGGGCAUACAAUCGGGGGUGGCGAGUAUCCGAGUAGUGUCACUUGCAUGUGGGCUUCCUCUGUUUCUUUCCUUGUCGGCGUUUCUUGCGUGGAUCGCCCUGCGUACGGAGACGGGAGGGGCUGGAGCGGUUUACCGUUUGGAAGACGACGACGACUUCGGUUCUGCUCUGGAUUAUGAACUAGACUCUCUCGGCUCCCCGAUCGGCAGCGCGCCAGGCCAACCCUCUCCAAUGGUGGAGCCCCUAUCUUUUGGGGAAGAACAUGGCGAAAACCUUGAGGACAUAUUGAUGUUGGAUAGACAGGCACUGGCAUUGUCUCAAAGAAGAACUAAAACUGGGACUUGACGAACAGGCAGAAAAUUGAAUGUUGCAUAAAGUAGAGUGAGUGACGUUUGGAAGGCGAUUCAU